AACAAAAUCAAAAGUUUUUUUUUUUUCAUGUCUGAAAGUUGUGCACCACAAAGGACUUACUGAAACUUACUGAACGAAGACGGAAGAGUGGAUCAUAAUCUCCGGCUGCAAGAUGAGCAGAAACGGAAUGGAAAAUGCUAACGUGUGCAGUGAUCACUUCAUCACAGUGAGUCGUGGAGGAUGGCUGCUUAUACUGAGCCAGGAUUCUCUGGAGGUUUCUUCCUGUUAAAAGGGAGUUUUCCUUUCCACUGUCGCUGCAUGCUUGCUUAGUAUGAGGAUUGCUGUAUAGUCACUGACACUAGUCAGUGACUUGAUGCAACCUGCUGGGUUCCUUACAACGGAAACUUUCACAGAUCGGCUUGUUUACUGUGUGAAGGCCCUGCCGUGAUUUGGUGCUAUAAAAAUAAACUGAAUUUACCUGAAAUAGUAAAUCUCACAGGCCCGGCAGUAAGAGUCAGUCAUUUAGUUUUUGCUGCAUAUCUCAUGCAUCAAAAUAAGAUGUAUUAAUUGUGAUGAAGUUGUAUUUAACUCAUGAUUGUGGUAUUUUGUAAGAAAGUGUCUUCAGGAGAGACAUGUCCCCUGAGAUGAUAAAUAAAUGGGACUCAGGUGUUACCGGGGACGUUGUCCAUCACUGCGGGAGUGUCCUCCUGACCUGCAGCAGCCCGGACCCGCUUCGUGAGUCACCGCCUGUCUGCGGUUGGGGGGCUUAAGGCGGACAUUCCGGUCCCUCUUCACCGGAAACGCUGCAACCAUCGGAAUAAAGGAGAUGAUGAGCACGUGGACGCGCUUGCCUCUCACGUUGGUGAAUUGUGCGCGUGUGCGCGCGUCUCUCCGUUAACCAAUGCUCAUCCAUCUGCGCACACUGCAUCAGCCGCCACCACGGGGCUGUGCGUACGUCACACGUUUUUUCUUCUCUUCUCUUUCCUCCCCUUCCCGUCUCUUUUCUCCCCCCUCUGGCUCCAGCAGAGCAUCUCUCUCCUCCCGCUCUCCCUCCGCCGCCCACUCACCGCCGGCUCGCCGUCGCUUCAUCGCAUCGGACCGCUAAGCCUUUCCUGCAUUCCCACCUCCUCUGUCAUCUAAGGGAACCGGCUCUUUCUUUUUUUCUUUUUUUCUUUUUUCUUUUGUGUUUGAGGGACCGAACACCGGCCGCAGCAUGGCGAGCACCGAGGAUAAAGCUGCCAGCAAGGAGAACGCGUCCAGCUGGAAGGACUCCUUCUACAACCCGAGGACCGGAGAGGUGCUGGGGCGAACGGCCAGCAGCUGGGCCCUCAUCCUGCUCUUCUACUUGGUAUUCUACUGUUUCCUGGCUGGGAUGUUCGCCCUGACCAUGUGGGUGUUGCUGCUCACGCUGGACGACUACGUGCCCAGGUACAGGGACCGCAUCCCCACUCCAGGACUGGUGAUUCGCCCAAGUACCCUGGACAUCACAUUCAACAGAUCCGAGCCCCAAAAGUACGAGGUGUACACCAAAGAGCUGGAGAACUUUCUGGAGAAAUAUAACGACAACGUGCAGGAGAUGAACUCCGAAUGCACUCCCGGAGUCUACACUAAGAAAGAUGAGGAUCAGGAAAAAAUGGACAAAGUCUGUCCCUUCAAAAGGACGAGCCUGAGAUUCUGCUCCGGCCUCACCGACAACAAGUUUGGAUACCCCGAGGGAAAACCCUGUGUGCUGCUGAAACUCAACAGGAUCAUCGGCCUGAUGCCUGACGGGGAUCCCUACAUCAACUGCACCAUCAAAAAGGACAACCCGGUCCAAAUGCACUAUUUCCCCAGAGAGGGCAAAAUAGAUAAGAUGUAUUUCCCCUACUAUGGCAAGAAGGCCCACGAGAACUACCUGCAGCCUCUGGUGGCCGUUCAGCUGCUGCUCACCAAGGAGGACUACAACAAGGAGCUGUCGGUGGAGUGCCGGGUGGAGGGCUGCAGUCUCCGCAACAACGACGAAAGGGACAAGUUUCUGGGCCGCGUCACCUUCAGGAUCAAGGUUGUGGAGUAAAGAGCGAAGACGGCCCGUGGAACCAGACGAGUCGGCCCUGCAUCUGCGAAGGAUUUGUGUUUAAAAAAGAAAGAAGGUGGAAGGAAGAGUCAGACGUGUCAGAAAGGCGUCUGAGUUCCCCUCUGAUGAGUCAGGGUUCUUAUAGGAGAGCUGGAUGAGAUUAGAUGUUGCUUUGAUGACCUUUCUGACCCUUCUUUCUCCCGUGGUUUUUGCUGACCUCCUCAAACAUCCCCAGAAACAAACCCGACCCCCACAUCCCCGCUGCCCCCUCUCCUCUGGUUACUUUGGGUUUUAGUGUAGGAAUGUGAUCGGAUACCUUCUAGCCAUGGCAGCGGCGCUCUCUGGAGCUGAUCCCGCUGGUUUGGAUGAGUUUGGUGUUUUCAUCCCAGACUCGACGAGAGACGGCGUUACUGCGCGUUGCAAGGAUUUCUAACUUGCUGUAUAAUAGAUUUGAAGAAGUAGAAUAUUUACAGUAAAUCCCCAGAGUACUUACAUCUCAUUACACUCACAGAGACUCCAAGAUGUACCUUGAUAAUCAAGUAUAGCCAAUGUAUCCCAGUAUAUGAACCACCCACUCCGAGCUCCCCUCCCGCUAUAAAUACAUCAUGACCCUCGACAUAGUUAGGGAAAUAUAGAUAGAGCUUUGUGUUGUGGAGGGCGAAGCUGCAACCCAGUCUUGUGCCGUGUGUCUGUCUGUCUGUCUGCAUGUGUGUCUGUCUGCCUGUCUUCCUGUUGAUCCACUGCGACGGCCAGCGCGUGGGUGAGCCCUCCAGGACUGGGACGAGGACUGGCUGAGGCCGCCAACACUCACAGAAGGUAGGACGAGCUGCUCCUGAAGGAAGAGAGGCGAGGACGAAGCGUUGCAGAAGUAAAACCUUCACUGUAACUAUGUACUGUAUAUCUCUGUGUGCUCUGUAUAUCUAUCUGGGUCUCAAAGAUUGUUAGUUUACUCUCUUCAGCCUGUUUAUCUGACUGUCUGCCAAUCUAUUACUCUUCAAUGUACAUAUCUAUACACGCACACAUACACACGUUCACCCAGUCCACACUAUUUUUGUCACAAACACAAUGUCUGUGCACUGUAAAGAAAUAUAAUUUAAGCAAAGAUUUAAAUAGAAUUAUCUUAUUCAAAGCUACGUUUACACCGUCUAAAGGAACCCACAGUGAAAGAACCGUGUGUAACAUCUCUUCAGGGUGCCUUAAGACCUGAUGAUGACAUCUAUUGUGGAAUAAAAGUGAUUUUGAAGAAAA